AUGACGAGUGCAUUUGGGCAACCAGGGAGUGCUGUGGCAGUUCCACCGGCAGCAGGUGGCGGUGCAUUCGGCAAGGCGAGUGCAUUUGGGCAAACAGUGAGCGCUGUGGCAGUUCCACCGGCAACAGGUGGCGGUGCAUUCGGCAUGACGAGUGCAUUUGGGCAACCAGGGAGUGCUGUGGCAGCUCCACCUGCAGCAAGUGGCGGUGCAUUUGGCAUGACGAGUGCAUUUGGGCAACCAGGGAGUGCUGUGGCAGCUCCACUGGCAGCAGGUGGCGGUGCAUUCGGCAAGGCGAGUGCAUUUGGGCAAACAGGGAGUGCUGUGGCAGCUCCACUGGCAGCAGGUGGCGGUGCAUUCGGCAAGGCGAGUGCAUUUGGGCAAACAGGGAGUGCUGUGGCAGUUCCACCGGCAGCAGGUGGCGGUGCAUUCGGCAUGACGAGUGCAUUUGGGCAAACAGGGAGUGCUGUGGCAGCUCCACCGGCAGUAGGUGGCGGUGCAUUCGGCAUGACGAGUGCAUUUGGGCAACCAGGGAGUGCCUUUGCAGGCCCACCGGCGGCGGGUGGAAGUUCUGUAGCAGGUGGUUUUGGUGCUGCCACUUCCCCUUUUCAAUCCUCGUCUUUUUCCAAUAUUGCUGGAAACUAUAAAUUUACCCCCCAGUUUAAGAGCGUAUUCGGGGGAAACUGA